UAAGAAUCAACAAACAAACUUGAAUAGUUAAAAAUAUUUUCAUAAUAGAUUAUUAGAAUGAGCGAUGUAGAUCAAGAUACUCUUUUAGCAGAGCUAGAAAAAGAAAACAAAAUAUUAGAAGAAGAAUUAGAAAUGAUUAUGAAAUAAAAUAUGGGAAGUAAGAGCCUCUCUAAGUCUAAAAGAAGCAAUGCUUCUGAAGCAAAAUAAAAAAAUUUACAAAAAAUAGACGAGGAAGAGAUGUAUGCAUAUUCUAAUAGUGAGUGCGAAAAUUUUAAUGACUCAAUAGAUGAAGAAGAAAUGAAUAGUACCCUUUUCAAUUAGCACAUAAAUUAAAGAAAUAAAAAAUUUACAAAUUAGCAGUUAGUAGAGGAAAUUUAGAGAAAAUAGCCUUAACCAAUUCCAUAAGAUAGCAUGAAAAUGAUAAAUAGCUUAUUUUAGCAUUAAGAAAAUAAAGAGAGCUAGAUUAAUUCUCCUAAUUCUGGUUCUGCCUUAUUAUAUUCUCCUAUUUCAUCUAUGAAAAAAACAAAAUCUGUUCCAAAAGGGCUUACUAUAAAUACAGAAUAUUCUUAGUAAAUGCAAAGGGCGAUAACUCCAUAAAAUGCUAGAGUGUCUUUUACAGAAAGAAAUAAUAGUAAAGAUAGAUUUGAAUAAAGUGGAAGUACAUAAUAAGUAUUACCCUCUGCUGAGAUGAAUUUAAAUGGGAAAUUUAAAAACUUUGAUAACUGUGAGAAUAUUAUGGGAAUAAGUAAUAGAGCAGGGGGAUUGAGUUAUGAUUUUUAAGAAGAAAAUUAAAAAAAUCUUUAGUAAAGUAUGUCCAAAACAACAGGAAAAUAAUCUUAGAGCUCUCCGAAAAAAGAGAAAAUUUAAUCACUAGAAAUGAGACUUAGUGGAACAUAAAAGGCUGUCAAAGAAUUGGAAAAGUAGAUAAGAUAAAAGGAUCUUUAAAUAAAGGAGCUUAAUUUAGAGAUCUUAAAGAAAAAUAAGGAAAUUGAGAAACUUACACAAAAUAGUAGUAGCCAAUAAAUUUAGAACAGUCAAUCUGCUAGGAAUCUGUAAGUCUAAACAUCUAUUUCUGAUUAUGUUAAGAAAGAAAAGUAGCUUGAGAAAAAAAUAAAGGAUUAAGAAACACAGAUAAAUGACUUUAAAAAAAAUUAUUCAAGAGUGUAGGAAGUUAAUUCUUCUCUCCUAAUAAAAAUAAAAGAUUUAGAGAAAGAUAUUGAAAUAUAUAAAUAGCAAAAAGGAGGGUAGUCUAUACCUUCUAUCGAGGGUUAAACUUGUAAUGCAAGUUAUUAAAAUGAAAAUACAGAUUUAAGAAAAAAGAUAAAAUAUUUAGAAAAGUGCUUAGAAGAAAAGGAAAUUGACUAUGAUUAUUUAUAAAAAUAGCAUGAAGCUUUAAUAGAAUUGUCAACUGAGCAUUUAUUAAAAUCAGAAAAUUUAUAUGAUGCUUAUUCUAAUAUUUAAUAAAUUUUAUAAGUUAAAAGGUGA